AUGGCGACACCUCCUCCCACAGAUACAACCUCACUUGACAAAACAGUCGGGAAAAGAGAAGAGCUCCUGAGCGACACAGCAAUGACAAUUCUAACUCAACUUAAGGAGUUACAGAAUUGUCUAGAAUCUCAAAAACGGACAAUCAUCCAUAUUGAACAAGACGAUGCUUUAAGUGACCAACAGCAUGAAUCACAUAUGAUUAUUCCCAGAAUGAAAGCCCGGUUGGAGAGCCGCAAAGGAUGCGGGUAUUUCGAGAGCUAA